AUGGAUCAACUUAAUCCCCGGGAGCAGCAGGAAUUCCAGCAGCUGGUUGAGAAGAAGCAGAUGAAGGACUUUAUGCGUCUGUACUCUUCUCUGGUCGAGCGCUGCUUUGCUGAUUGCGUCAACGACUUCACCUCCCAGCAGAUCUCCGCUAAGGAGGAGGCCUGCGUCAACAAGUGCGCCGAGAAGUUCCUUAAGCACUCUGAGCGGGUUGGCCAGCGUUUCCAAGAGCAGAACGCCAAGCUCAUGCAACAACAAGGUAUGCGUUAA